AUGGCCUCCAAUUCAUCGCGCCCCCGGCAUGGUCACCCGCUGAUCAUUCUUUCCAGCACCUCUCACCGUCACGCCUGCGUUCGGCUGUUACAGCCAGAAGUUACUCGCCAGCCUAGCAGACCCGAGGGCGAGGUGACAAGCGAAGCGGAUUUGGACACGUGUCCGGCGGAGUGCGUUCGCGAGAUCAAGUCGCAGAAGGAGCUUGACGUAAUUCUAGAGCACGCGGACCGGAAUAACAUCUUAGUGGUGGUGGACUUUUUCCGCACCGCAUGCGGGAGCUGCAAGUACAUCGAGCAAGGGUUUGCGAAGCUUUGUCGCGCCGAAGGCGAACUGGGGGAUCCCGUUAUCUUUCUCAAGCAUAACGUUAUGGAUGAUUAUGAUGAGCAAUCCGACAUAGCUGAAGCACUGCGGAUUAAGGUGGUCCCUCUCUUUCACUUCUACAUGCACAAAACCCUCGUGGAAUCCUUUCCCACGCGCGAGAAGGCCCGCAUUCUCGAAACCAUUCAGAAGUGA